AUGGAUAAGGCAAACGAAGGUAAAGAUUAAUUAAUCAUCAUUGAAGAAAAAAUUUCAAAAGUAAAUGGUGAGAUGGCUGUCAAGAAGUAUUUACGAGGCAAGCUAUUAGGUAAAGGUGGCUUUGCUAAGUGCUACGAAGUAACAAAUUUAGAAACUAAGAAAAUUAUUGCAGCAAAAAUAAUUCCAAAACAGACCUUAACAAAAAAUAGAGCUCGUCAAAAACUCAUUUCAGAAAUUAAAAUUCAUAAAAGUUUAAAUCAUUAGCAUGUUGUAGCAUUUGAACAUGUCUUUGAAGAUCAUGAGAACGUAUACAUUUUACUAGAGCUCUGCACUAACCAUACCCUAAACGAAUUAAUUAAAAGACGUAAGAGAUUGACUGAACUCGAAGUUUAGUGUUAUGUUGUUUAAAUAGUUAAUGCACUUAAAUAUUUACACAGUCAUAAAGUAAUCCACAGAGAUUUAAAACUAGGUAAUCUUUUCCUAAAUGAGAAGAUGGAAAUUAAGCUAGGUGACUUCGGUCUUGCUACAAAGCUAGAAUUUGACGGAGAAAAAAAGCAUACAAUUUGUGGUACACCUAACUACAUUGCUCCAGAAAUUUUAGAUGGAAAAACUGGUCAUUCUUAUUAGGUUGACAUUUGGUCAUUGGGAGUUAUCAUUUAUACACUCCUAAUAGGAAAGCCACCAUUUGAAACUCCUGAUGUCAAGACCACAUACAAAAAAAUUAGAAAUAUCUCUUAUGGAUUCCCUGAAAACGUUCCUAUUUCUGAUUAGGCAAGAGGCUUGAUUACUAGAAUUUUGAAUAUAGAUCCACAAAGAAGACCGACGUUAGAUGAAAUUAUGAGCUCAUCCUUUUUAAAUACUGGUGGUACUAUUCCUAAAGUACUACCUUUGGCUACUUUGGCUUGCCCUCCCUCAGCUUCAUACACAAAGUAAUUCCUUCCAUAAGGAAAUGCUCUCAAGCUUAAUCAAGCUCCAAUGAGACUAACCGAUUCAGCAUCUUAGUCAACUACAAACAUUAAAGGUAAAAAUGCAAGCACUUCUAAUCUUUACUCUAAAUAAACAACCACAGGUGCAGUCCCAGAUGCCAGUCGCCCACUUGGAGGAACCACUUCAAAUUGGAAUUAAGUGUCUAGCUAAAAAGAUUAACGUCCACAAACUCAAUAAUUCUAAAAAUCUGACUUUAAGACAUCAAUGUCAACUAAAAAUAUGGGCUCUGGUUCUUAAAACCCUCUUUUCAACCAGACUAAUGCCCCUGGAUUAGCAACAGCAUAAAGUCUUAAUACAUUCACCAAAACAAAAAAUAACUUUAAUAGCACACAAAAAGGUUUUAUGCAAACUGGUACAUAAAAUUUUGGUAAACCUGUACAACCUGUUUGGGUUACUCAAUGGGUAGAUUACUCAGCUAAAUAUGGUUUAGGGUAUCUUCUUUCUAACGGAUGCAGUGGUGUCUUCUUUAAUGACUCAACAAAAGUGAUAUUAGACCCUACAACCAAUAACAUAGAAUACAUCGAAAGACUUGGAAACGAAAGAUAAGACUUCGUUUAGCAAUUCACCUUGAAGGAUUAUCCUCCUGAGAUGAAAAAGAAGGUUACACUCCUAUCUCAUUUUAAGAGUUACUUGGAAGAAUAAAUGCAAAAAUAAAACAUUCAAAUAGAAGUUCCAUAAUUCUAAGGAGACUUGCAACCCUAUGUUUAUGUAAAGAAGUGGAUGAAAACUAAACAUGCCAUUAUGUUCCGUCUUUCAAACAAAAUCGUACAAGUAAGCUUCCAAGAUAAGACAGAGAUUUUGCUUUCUUCAGAAAAUAAAAUGGUUACAUACGUAGAUCGUAAAGGCACUCGUACUGACUAUCCAUUAUCUACAGCACUAGAAAGCUCUAAUACAGAAAUGUCAAAACGUCUUAAAUAUACUAAAGAUAUACUGACUCACAUGUUAAAUAAUAAUACCACAAAUAACAACAAUGGUAGAGGAUCAAUGACUAACGUAAAUCCUACCUAGAAUGGUACAGAAAAGGAAAAUUAUAACUGA